GCAACACUACACGGCUCUCCCAGAAAAAUUAAAACAAAAAAAAAACAGCAAAAUAUUAAUGGCAGCGCUUAAUACAAAUAUCAUCCAAAAUAGUAUUACUAAUUGAUUGAAAGUAAAUACGAUUAGCGGGUGCAACAUCCAACCGAACGACAAAGUUUCACUCUGGAUCCGCGCUAAUCUAAUCUGACUGCUAUCGUUUUGAAUAUACGUUUACACCGGCGUGCGAGACAGUUAAAUCAAUCAGUCAGUCGGUAGAUGUCCAAAGACGCCGUUGAAUGUGCAUUAAUUAAAAUUAAUAGACAAAGUCAGUCAAAUUAUCCAACAAAAAUAUGGUGUCACAAUCGAAAAUUAGCCAGGUGUUCAGCUAUCAAAACUGGGUGCAUGCCGUCUCUGGCGCAGCCGGCGGCUGCAUAGCAAUGAGCACAUUUUACCCACUGGAUACCGUGCGCUCCCGUUUGCAAUUAGAGGAAAGCGGCGAAGUGCGCAGCACAAAACGUGUGAUCAAGGAGAUUGUAUUAAAUGAAGGCUUCCAGGCGCUGUAUCGUGGACUUGGUCCUGUUCUGCAAAGCUUGUGCAUUUCGAAUUUUGUCUACUUCUACACAUUCCAUGCCCUCAAAAUGGUAACCUCGAAUGGCGUACGUGGACAGCAGAGCGCUUGGAAAGAUCUUUUGUUGGGCAGCAUUGCGGGCAUCAUAAAUGUGUUUACAACGACCCCGUUUUGGGUGGUGAAUACGCGUUUACGCAUGCGUAAUGUGGCUGGCACUUCUGACGAAGUGAACAAGCACUAUAAGAAUCUGCUGCAAGGCCUUAAAUAUGUGGCCAAAACGGAAGGACUGCCCGGCUUGUGGUCAGGCACCAUACCUUCUCUCAUGUUAGUCUCGAAUCCCGCGCUUCAAUUCAUGAUGUAUGAACUACUCAAGCGGAAUCUGCAGAUAUUCACGGGCGGCGAAAUGGGCAGCCUAAGUUUCUUUGUAAUCGGCGCUAUUGCAAAAGCAUUUGCCACUGUGUUCACCUAUCCACUGCAGUUGGUGCAGACCAAGCAACGUCAUCGCACCAACGAUAUGACCAAUACGCCAUCCACAUCCCAGCAAGCAGGCAAGCAACAAACCACGCCUUCGAUGCUGGAGUUAAUGGUCAGCAUACUGAAGCACCAAGGCAUUGGCGGUCUCUUUCGUGGACUGGAAGCGAAGAUUCUACAAACGGUGCUAACGGCUGCACUGAUGUUUAUGGCCUAUGAGAAGAUAGCUGGAAUAGUCAAGAUGCUGUUGAAACGAUCUGCCUAAGAAACUUUUAGUC